CCGUGUGUGCAUAUCCACUCAUUCUCAUCCACUCAUCCAUCCAUUCAAGCGAUUUUUAUCGAUCCAAAUCACGCAGUCACCAUUGUGCAAAGGAACGGUCCCCGUCCACCCCCCCACUCACCAACAUGAAACAAGCGACACACUGCAGAUCUGGGCAACACGCCAGAGCUGGCAAAUUAGUUGGGACAUCGAAAGGAAAAAGACAGAUCAGACCGUUGGGUCGCGGGUAGGGAAUCACACACACGUCAGUCGGCCACGCAGGGCAGCAGCAAAAAAGGACUGCGAAAAAAGGAGGCUCAUCGUGCGACCGCUUAGGCGCGGCGCAGAGACGCAUGCACCAGACACGCAUCUACGCUGCCAAAUAGACCAGGCACAUACACCCACACAGACACACGCACCAACACUCCCACACCCACACCCACACCCACACCCACGGAUGGUAGCUACUCUGCGAUGGUGCGAUAGACAUAAAAAAAGGUUACGACACGCCACGCUACGCUUCUCCAUUCUGCGUCUCGUAUCUUGGCCAGUCGUCGCCCUCAGUGAAUGCCUCGAGCUCCUCGCUCGUCAUCUCACACCGCUCGUCAGCGCCGCGUGCCGGGAUGCCAGCCGCGUCCACCACACGCGUGACGUUGUAGCCUGCAGCCUCCAACCCAGUCAGCAGCAGAUCGUCGUCAUGUAUCCCCACCAGGGCAUCCUGCAGGCCAGGCAAGGCACCACACACAAGACACCCAUACAUACAUGCCCACCCAUCCGUUUCGGCCGCCGGUGGUUUCCUUCCUUCGUUUCUCGCGCUCUUACCCAUUCCAGGGCGAAGACGAACAGCGGCCGGCAUGGACCUCUUUGACCCUCACCCUCACCACCAAUGACGUUUGUGACGUUCCUCUGGCCCGUGGCGUUGGCCUGGCUCGUGUUGAGUGUGAAGUUGGACCCACUUGUGGCGUUCGCUUGACUCGUGGAGUUGCCCUCGCUCGUGACGUUCGCUUGAGUCGUCCCAUUGGUGUCCGUCACCGCCUCCCUCGUGCCAUUGGCCAGGAGGAAGAGCACCCUGUCGAGCCACAGCUGAUUCCUUCGGCUGGUGGCCUCCUUGCGGGUACGGUUGGCCGCCGAGAACAGCUCCUGCAGCUGCUCGUUGUCGCGGCACGCAGCCUGACGGGCCUCCAGCUCGCCCAGCAGCUCGUCGCUGAAGUAUCCCUCAUAGUAGAACGACCCCUUGGAAGCGUUGAUGUCCUUGAGCGGGGCGAAAUUAAGGCCGCACUCCUCGAAGGCGAAAAGCCGCUCCAGCAUGGCCCGGUCACCUUGCUUCCACGCGUAGACGACGGGCGACUGCGGCGUCGUCAGGGUGGACGGCGGGUACCUGGUGAAGUUCCUGGUGAGGGCCUCGUAAACCGCCAGAGUCAUGUUCAGGUAGACCAUCUGCGUGUCGAGUGGAAUGUCCCUCGAGUAGUCAAGCGACUGACCCGCCUCGCGUUGCGUCUCGAUGGCUGCCGCGGCCGCGCCUUCUCGUGUGCCGAGAGAGCCGAUGUAGCCGGCAAGGGAGAGCCCGUCGGACGCCAUGGCACAGUUGAACAUAUAGUUCCUCUCAAGCAGGAAGUGCAGGGCGAUAGCAGAUCCGAAGGGCGUCGAGUUCAUGAUCUCCCCCGACCACUGCUCGUCGACGUCGUACUGCUCGGGACUGGUGCUAAGGCCUUCCACGAGGUCAUGCAAGCGGCCCAGACGCUCCUCUACCACAGGGUAGCUGUCCAGCUGGUCAAACAGGGUCCGAGCCAGAGGCAGCGGAAUGUCGGGAAGCGGCUCCUCCUCCUCACUGCCGGCAUCCUCCCCCACGACGACAUCUGGCUGCGCCUUGUAGAAUAGCCUGUCCACCAGCGAGAGGGCGUCCCCCUCAUAAGGCCUAUAGAACAGACCCAACUUGGAUGUGCCAAUGAGGUAAGCCUUCACACCCUCCUGAUCCUCCACCUGACGACACAACAGCACCAUGCAGGCAGUGCCGUGCCUCGUGCGUGCCUAGAUCUGUGUGUCUGACGGCUGGUGCAUGGCGCCUACCCUCCAGAUGAGAGGUCUUGGCGCACCAUCUUCGCCCAGUCCUCGCAGUCGCUGCCGGGUAGAUGCGAAGCCGCACACGAGCAAGGAGAGCACGGCGAAGAUGGUGGCCUUCAUAUUCAUGGAGGAGGAGGGUAGAUCUUUG